GAGAGAGAGAGAGAGAAAGAGAGAGAGAGAGAGAGAGAGGAAAAAAAGCGAGCGUUUAAUGGUGCAGAAGAAUCCUCCGGGCAAAGGGCGUUCACAUGCCGGAGGCGUCUCGCUGAAGACUACAUAUCGCGGACGAUUCAGAUUUCUCUCCUAAUGUGAUGACUGGUGAGGGCAGGAAUGCCGUAUGUCGAUCGAUCCAAUCGUGUUUGUGGCUUCUUGGAUAUUGAGGAGACUGAAGGCAGUGGGAAAUUUCUGCGUCGCUAUUUUAUAUUGGACACUUCGGACAAUGCUCUCCUCUGGUACAUGGACAACCCCCAGAAUCUACCACCUGCGACAUCCUGUGUCGGGUGUCUGCAACUCCCCUACAUCUCUAAGGUUGGUGAAGCAACUGCAAAGCAGAGGCCCAAAGCUGAAUUUUGCUUCGUCAUAAACGCAGGAUUUCGCCGUUACUUCCUCCAAGCCAACGACAAGCAGGACUUACUUGAUUGGGUUGAAGCCUUGAACAAAUCCUGCAAGAUCACGGUGCCGAAGGCGAACGAUCCCCAGCCCACUGUCGAGGCGAAAAUUCCCAAUCCAGAACCCCCGGCUGGUAAAAAACAGAUUCCGUACAAAACUGAAAUCAUUGGCGGUGUGGUGGUUCAAACGCCAAUUACUCAGGUGAACGGGAAUGAAACUCAAGAAGCUGCUGAAUCUGCGUCGCACAGUGUACUCAAGCGCUCAGUCAGUCACGUUCCGGUGUCCGAAAACAAACCGACAUCCGGGCCUCAGGUCCUGAAGAGCGGUUUCUGCGUGAAACAAGGCAUCGUGAGGAAAAGCUGGAAGAGAAGAUACUUUACGCUCGACGAGAACCAUUUCAGCUACUUCAAGUGUGAAUUGGAAAAGGAACCUCUUCGCUCAAUACCACUUAAGGACAUACAAAAAGCCCAAAAAUGCAAUUUGAGUCAACCGAUGAUGAGGGACAAUCUGUUUGAAAUAGUUACUCAAUCGAGAAUAUUCUUUAUCCAGGCGGACAGUCCGACAGAGAUGCAGAGUUGGAUCACGGCAAUAAACAGGGCAAUCGUGGCCCAGAGGAGCGCAACGAAAGCCACAGACCCUCAACCUUCGCCGUUCAGCCGAACGACCUCCUUCUCCGGGGCCGCCCAAGACGAUUCCUGCUGCGCCCCGGACGGCCCCGGCCACCAGCCCCAGGAGGAGAAACGCCCCCUCUCCAAAUCCACCUCCGUGGUUCCGUCCUGGCAGCCGUGGACUCCCGUGCCUCGCGCCCCCGAGGAACCCUUGUCCAACCUCGUGGAGGAGACGCCUGGCCUUCCAGAAGUCCCGUCCGAACGCCAGUCGCAGCCGGCCGAGACCGAAGACCCCAAGGUCCAGGGCAAGCGCCGCAGGCAUCGCUCACAGCCGCAACCGCACAGGAUCGAUUACCUCGCGGACAACGAUGGCGUCCGGACGACGGACGUGUAAUCGGGAAGGGAAUCUUUACCGUGGUUUAUGCCGUAGAGGCUAAUGCAAAUAACCUCCCACACGCGCACACGCACACACACCCACACACAUAUCCACACAUACACCCA